AUGAAAAUUUUUCUCAGAUGUGUUCUCACUACAGUCGAUCCACAGACGGGCAAGAAAGACGACGAGAUGCAACCAUUGAAGAAGCUGCGACAGUUUCGUCUUGCACCAGCUGGUCCUAUGCGCCAACAAUUCAAGGACUCACCAAUUUUUGGUGUGAACGCUGGUGUUGACAAGCCGGUAUAUCUUUCUUUGUCAAAUUAUUGUGGAAUGAUUGAUGACAAAAAACUCCUCAUUGGUAUUGUUGGAUCAUCGAUAAUCGCUUACAACGCUGUGCGAUAUUUAUACAAACUUAUAUAUAAUGAGCAAUCACCACUAAUUCCUGUUGGAACAGUAAAGGCGCUCUACGUGUAUCCUGUGAAAUCUUGCAAAGGAAAGAAGGUAUCGUCAGCUUUUCUAAACUUUGUAAUAAUAUUUUGGCUAUCAUUUGCAGCCGAUACACAACUUUUACGAACUUGUGGUGUUUGUGUUUUUCGUCUUGAUUCCUGACA